GGUAUCUGAUAUCUUUAAAUUAUAAUAUGACAAAUAAGAGGAAAUGAACAUACAAGAUCUCUGUAAAUUAAUAAUAAUGUGUAUCCCCUAUCAUAUUUUCAAUUUUGUAAAAUAAUACAAUCGAUUGUUUUGAGCUAAUACCUAUUAAUCAAAAAAUGUUCAAACAUUUUGGAAGAAGCAAUAUAUUGUGUAUAUGUAAACGCUCUUAUGUCAGAUUAGUCGAAGUGGGUCUGAUAAAUCCAGUAAAGCAUAUUGAAAAAUAUGAAACUGGUCAGUUAUUUUUUCAUCGGAUAUUUGGAUACAGAGGGGUGAUAUUGUUUCCAUGGUUAGCCAGAGUAUACGACCGUGAUGUUGUUGUCAAAGCAGAAAAUGCCGCAGGAAAAGAUGUCAAAGGAAAAACACAUACGUAUUACCAAACAUUGAUAGAUGAAAGAGAUUGUCCAUUUAUUAGAGCACAAACAGAAGCUGUUACUUUUCUUGGAAAUCAAGAUACCAGUCGCAGUUUGUAUGCGAUACCUGGUCUGGAUUAUGUAGCUCAAGAAGAUAUACUACCGUAUACAGCAACUGAAAAACAACCGUUACAACAUGAGCUUUUUGAUAAAUUUCUCAUGUAUUAUCCCAAUAAAGAUCCACCAUUUGGGGCACAAGAAACAUUACGAUCGUGGCAAAAAAAAAAUCAUCCUUGGCUAGAGUUGUCAGAUGUUCAUAAAGAAACCACAGAAAAUGUUAGAGUCACAGUAAUACCAUUCUACAUGGGUUAUAGGGAGUCUCAAACCAAUUCUGUGUAUUGGUGGAGAUAUUGUAUACGAUUAGAAAAUUUAGGUGAACAAAGUGUUCAAUUGAGAGAAAGACAUUGGAGAAUAUUUAGCUUAUCUGGAACAUUAGAGACUGUACGUGGAAGAGGAGUGGUAGGCCAAGAACCUGUACUUUCAAAAAAAUCACCAGCAUUUCAAUACAGUAGUCACGUGAGCUUACAAGCUCCUAGUGGACACAUGUGGGGAACAUUUCGAAUGGAACGUGAAGAUGGACAUUUAUUUGAUUGCCGAAUCCCUCCAUUUUCACUAGAGAGCAAACCAGAUGAUAAGUUUCUAGACCGUUAGAUGUUUGGUGAACCAUUCUUAAGCCACUGGUGACUGAUCAUCUUCCCAGUGUGGACAAUCGUCCUGAAGAUCGCUUACCCAUUGCUGGACUAUGUAUUAUAGUUAUUCAAACACUGAAGAAAAAAAUAGAUUACACAAAUAUUUGUAAAAAUAAUUUGUUUAUAUAUAUUAUAAUAUAUAUAUAUAAUUUUUUUAUACUAAAUUCUGUAAACUGAUCACAGUGUAAAAAUCAGCUAUUACAUUUGAAUGCAUGUUUAUCAGA